CCGAAGCCAACUCACUCAUCUCCGCUGCACUCUCAUGUGACGCCUCAGGGCGCACGCUGACUCUAGGUGCGGGCACUGUAAGAACAUGGCGCCCGAGUACGCUGCCGCUGCCUCAUCUCUCGACCCCCUCAUUCCAUUCUACGCCGUCGACUGCGACGCAUCCCAGAACAAGGCGCUGUGCGCCGAAUACGGCAUCAAGGGCUUCCCCACCAUCAAGGCCUUCCCCAAAGCCGGCAAAGGCGCUGCGCGCGACUACGACGGCGAGCGCAAGCGCAACGCAAUGGUGGAUUACGCCAAGGCCAUGGUGCCGGACCGCGUGAAGAAGCUCCGCGUCGGCGAUGGCAUCUCUGCCUUCCUCGCGGACAAGAAAAACCUGCCCCAUGCCCUUUUGGUGCACCCCUCCACGCCGUCGAUCCCAUUCCUGUGGAAAGUGCUUGGGCACCGUCUUACGGGCAAGGCCCACCUCGGCUACGUUAAGGACCCGAAGGGGGUCAUUGUGGCCGAUCUCGGUCUCGCGAGCGUCGACGGCCCGCGUCUCCUGUUCUGGGGCGAGGGCGAUUCUGUGUCCGAGUACGACGGUGCGCUCAAGUUCAACGCGCUGUUUGACUGGCUCGAGGCUGCGAUUGCAGGUGACAUUCGAGAGGCGACGGAGAAGCGCGAGGAGCCUUCCUCCUCCACCACCACUGCCGCAACGUCUGUCAAGGCCCCGCCCAAGGCGGCCGACACGGAGGAUGCGGCGGCACGUCGUGCACGUCUUCAGGCCAAGAUGGACGAGAUCGAGCGCCGCGACCGUCUCCGUCGUGAGCGUGAGGCCGCGAAGAAGGCUGCCGCAGACGAGCAAGCCGGCGGUACACCUGUCGAGGACGCUCCCGCGGCUGAACCUGAAUAUGCGGACCCGCCACCCGCGGAGCCGGAGGAGGCAGCAGAGGAGGAGCUGGCUACCCCAGGUGUUACUCACACGCAGCCUGUGGCGCCAGAGUCUCCGGAGCCGACGGACGACGGCACCCCCGUGGACGCCGCACCAGCUGAGCCCGCCGAGGCCGUUGAGGACGAAGCGACCGAGGCGUCGGACUGGGAUGCGUGGCCCGAGUCGAGCACCGAUCAUGCUCGCGAUGAGCUCUAGUAUUUAUGCAUGAAGGCGUAUCGGCAUGUGAACGGUUGGAGUCCAGAGUGUGAAUGUCUGCUGAAGUGGAGGGAUCGCCGGUGGAC